UCACUCUCUGCAGUAGAGACGCGGCUCCUUUGCUCUCGGCCUCUGCCGUUGUAUGUUCGUUUGCCGUUCAGCUUCCGGUUCUCCAAUCUCCUCAUCUUCCUAACGGAUUCCUAUCUUUCUCUCUCUCUCUCUGUCGUUUGCGUCUCUCUUGAGGUAAGAAAUUGGCUGAAAGCAUUUUCAAGAAAAACUUGCUGCUUGUAUUAACAUAGUACCUGGGUGCCUGAAGUUCUUGCUUUGCCUAUCAAUGGUGGCAGCCUCAAGUACCUAGACUGGAUCAAGAGCAGCACCAAGGACUGACUUCCUCUGCUUUAACAAGUUAAUUUGAUUAUAUGAAACCCUUCCCUCCCAGCGUUAUGUGCAAGUGUGUCAAUAAACUCAUCUGUCGUCUUAGUAGUUGAAAUAUAUGUGUUGUCUUCUAAAUAAGAAUUGAAAUUUGGUAACCAGUUAGAUAUCUUUUGUCCUUCAAUCUCUGUGCAUUGGGCUUUACUCAUUCCCUAAACUUACAGAAAACAUGGCUUGGCAAAAUUUGUGGGAGAAAAACUGCGGGAAUAUUGGACUUGAUUCGAGAAAUAAGACAUUACUUUUGUUAGAUAUAGAGGUUGGCUUAUCUAUCAACCAGUAGGUCGAGGGCUGUCAACAUGCCGCCACUGGGUGUGCAACUCUCCAUUGCAGAACAUCAGGUGACAAUGGACAAUGGCAUAGUCCAAGUCACGUUGUCAAACCCAGAUGGCAUAGUGACCGGAAUUCGAUACAAUGGAGUUGACAACUUGCUCGAAGUUCUCAAUGACGAAUCUAACAGAGGGUAUAUUAUGAACGAAAAACUUGCUUCAUAUAAGUACUGGGACCUCGUGUGGAACCCAUCAGCCUCUGCAACUGGAUCGUUUGAUGUGAUAAAGGCUACAGAUUUUGAGGUUAUAGUGGAAAAUGAAGACCAAGUGGAGCUCUCCUUUACGAGAAAAUGGGAUCUGUCUCUCGAGGGAAAGCUUGUGCCGUUAUUGAUUGAUAAAAGGUUUAUAAUGCUUCGGGGUUCAUCUGGAUUCUAUUCGUAUGCUAUUUACCAACACUUGAAAGAAUGGCCUGGUUUCAACCUUGGUGAAACCAGACUCGCCUUCAAACUCAGAAAAGACAAGUUCCAUUAUAUGGCCAUGGCAGACAACAGACAGAGAUCCAUGCCACUUCCAGAUGACCGGUCACCACCGAGAGGCCGAGCUCUGGCCUAUCCAGAGGCUGUCCUGCUCGUCGACCCCAUCGAAUCCGAGCUUAAGGGAGAGGUGGAUGACAAGUAUCAAUAUUCAUGCGAUAACAAAGAUAGCGGCGUCCAUGGAUGGAUAUCCACCGACCCGCCAAUCGGGUUCUGGCUAAUCACCCCCAGCAAUGAGUGCCGUUCCGGUGGACCCGUUAAACAGAACCUGACUUCGCACGUCGGCCCGACCACUCUUGCUGUUUUUAUUAGCGCCCAUUACACGGGAGAGGAUCUGGUGCCGAAAAUCGGAGCCGGCGAGGCAUGGAAGAAAGUCUUCGGUCCUGUGUUUAUCUAUCUCAACUCCACUUACGAUUCUAGCGACGCCCUUCAGCUCUGGGAAGAUGGCAAAUCACAGGCAUCGAUUGAAGUCCAAAGUUGGCCAUACAGCUUCCCUGCUUCGGAGGAUUUUCCAAAGUCAAACCAACGGGGUAAUAUCAGUGGCAGACUAUUAGUCAAAGAUAGCUACGUUAGUGAAGACUACAUUCCAGCAAACGGUGCGUUUGUUGGCUUAGCUCCACCAGGAGACGUAGGUUCAUGGCAAAGAGAGAGCAAGGGUUACCAAUUUUGGAGCAGAGCAGAUGAAGAUGGAUACUUUUUCAUCGACCACAUAAGGCCUGGCGACUACAAUUUAUAUGCAUGGGUCCCCGGUUUCAUUGGAGAUUAUCGUUACGAUUCUAUCAUCGACAUAUUAGAAGGUAGUCAGAUAGACGUGGAUGAGAUAAUAUACGAGCCUCCAAGAGCAGGGGCGACACUGUGGGAAAUUGGAGUCCCGGAUCGCUCAGCAGAAGAGUUCUAUGUUCCAGAUCCAAAUCCCAACUACGUCAAUAAGCUCUAUCUUAACCAUUCCGAUAAGUUUCGCCAGUAUGGUCUGUGGGAAAGGUACAGCGAAUUGUAUCCCGAUGCAGACUUGGUGUAUACCGUCGGCGUCAGUGAUUAUACCAAGGACUGGUUCUUCGCUCAGGUUACCAGGAAGACAGAAAACGGAACAUUCAAGGGAACAACAUGGCAGGUGAAGUUCGAGCUGGACAACGUGGACAGCCAAGCAACUUACAAGCUUCGGGUCGCACUGGCCUCCGCUUCUAUCGCGGAAUUGCAGGUUGGAGUAAAUGACCCGAAAGCAAAGCCGGUGUUCUCAAGUGGGCUAAUCGGAAGGGACAAUUCGAUCGCUAGACACGGCAUUCACGGCCUGUACUGGCUCUACAACGUGAAUAUUCCGGGAAACCGGCUGGUCUCCGGCGACAACACCAUCUUCUUCACGCAGCCGAGAAGCACCAGCCCUUUCCAAGCCAUUAUGUACGACUAUAUUCGUCUGGAAGCUCCUCCGCCUCCGUCCUCCGCCCAUGGUUUGUUAUAAUAUUCCCUUCUCAUAAUACUGCUCCUUUAUUGCCCCAUCACCAUGCUCUGUUUUUUCUUUCUUCUUUAUUCACUAUUUUUAGAUUCAUUCCCUCUUCGAAAGCAAUUAUGAACUAUGAAAUCCCAUUUACGAAAUGUAUAGUAUUUGUAAAAGUUUUUGUUGGGAAG